AUGGGCAUGGGCAACGGCAUGCGUGGGUUCGGACUGGUGGGCCUGGCCCUGCUGGCAGGCUGUGGCCAGGCGCCACCGACUGCGCUGGGAACGCUGGAAUGGGACCGGGUCACCGUGCCGGCACCGGCGGCCGAAGUGAUUGCAGCGGUGGAGGUGCGCGAAGGCCAGCAGGUCAAGGCCGGCACCGUGCUGAUGCAGCUGGACCCGGCCCGCGGUGACGCCCAGUUCGCCGCCGCACAGGCCGACACCGCGCGCGCGCAGGCGCAGCUGGAAGAACUGAAGAUCGGCCCACGGCAGGAGCAGAUCGCGCAGGCCCAGGCACAGCUGGCCGCGCUACGCGCGGAGUCGGUGGAAGCCAGUGCCUACUACCGGCGCGUGCAGCCCCUGGCACGCCAGCGCCUGAUCGCCGCCGCCGAGCUGGACCGCGCACGGGCCGCCGCCGGCAACGCUGAAGCCAGCGUGCUUGCCGCCGAGCAGGCCUGGCUGGAGCUGGUGCACGGCAGCCGCGCGCAGGAUAUCGCGCAGGGCCAGGCGGCGGCGGACGCUGCGCAGGCGCAGCAGGUGGUGCAGGGCGUCAACCUGCAGAAGCUGCAGCUGCGCGCCCCCCGCGAUGGCGUGGUCGACGCCUUGCCCUAUCGGCAGGGCGACCAGGCGCCGAUCGGCGCACCACUGGCGGUGAUGCUGGUCGGCGAGGGCCCCUAUGCGCGCGUCUACCUGCCACAGCCACUACGGUUGCAGGUCAAGGUCGGGCAGGCCGCGCAGGUGCAUCUGGAAGGGCAAGCCGCUGCGUUGAAAGGGCAUGUGCGCUCGAUCCGCAGCGAGCCUUCAUUUACGCCGUACUACGCGUUGACCGGCGACGACGUGGCGCGGCUGAGCUACCUGGCCGAGAUCGAAGUGGACGAGGCGACCGACAUGCAGAAACUGCCGGCCGGGUUGCCGGUGCGGGGCCUGACCCGGCGCUUCGGCGAUCUGCUGGCCGUGGACAAUGUCGACCUGACCGUGCCUCGCGGCCAGGUCUACGGCUUCCUCGGCCCGAACGGCUCGGGCAAGUCGACCACGAUCCGCAUGCUGUGCGGCCUGCUGGAGCCGAGCGCGGGGCAGAUCGAGGUGCUGGGCCUGUCGGUGCCGGAACAGGCCGAGGCGCUGCGCCGCCGCAUCGGCUACAUGACCCAGCGCUUUUCGCUGUACGAAGACCUGUCGGUGCGCGAGAACCUGGAGUUCCUUGCCGCGAUCCAGGACCUGCCGCGCGCGCAGGCCCGGCAGCGCGUCGAUGCACUGUUGCAGCAGUAUCGGCUGCAGGACCGGCAGCCGCAGUUGGCCGGCACGCUCAGCGGCGGGCAGAAGCAGCGCCUGGCCCUGGCCGGUGCCGUGGUGCACGCGCCCGAACUGCUGUUCCUGGACGAGCCGACCAGCGCGGUCGACCCGGAAUCGCGCCGCGAUUUCUGGGAGGCCUUGUUCGAACUGGCCGACGCCGGUACCACCGUGCUGGUGUCGACCCACUACAUGGACGAGGCCGAGCGCUGCCACCGUCUGGCGAUCCUGGAUCGCGGCGCGCUGGUGGCUGAUGGCACGCCGGCCGAACUCUGUGCGCGGUUGCAAGGGCGCACGCUGCAGGUCACUUCCUCGCAGCCGCGCCAGGCCAGCCGCGCGCUGGCCGAACUGCCCGGCGUGCUGAGCGUGGCGCAGAUCGGCACGCAGCUGCGCGUGCUGUGCAGCGAAGACGCGGCCGACACGGCGGCACUGCAGCGCGCCUUGGCCGGUGCCGAUCCACAGGCGCAUAUCGAGGCGGUGGCGCCGAACCUGGAAGACGUGUUCGUCGCCGCUACCCGAGGUCGUGGCAGGGAGCCGGCGGCAUGA